GGAACCACUCCAGUGCCAAAAACCACAACUGAAACCUCUCCUGUUACUCUGCCAACCUCUACCUCCACAAAAUCGACACCAAGUAGUACACCCAUCCCGACAACUAUAACCUCCACACAAACCUCCACCACUCCCAUCACAUUGACCACCUCUACAACCAGCACACCUCUCCCAUCAACCUCAACGGUGACUCCUACAAUAAUUCCCGCUUCCACCAUACCCACGCCCACACCUACAACUACCCCUCCCACCACUUCAAUACCCAGCAGCACUAUUAGUUUCACCUCCCCUACAACCUCCCUAACCACUAGUACACAGCCUCCUUCGACCACAAAGACGACACCAAUAAAGAGCACCAGUGCUUCAACACAUGAAAUUCCAUCAAGCCACAGGACCCCAUCAGUUUCAUCCGUGUCGCCCUCUUCUACUUCGAGGACCACAAGAUCAACUCAGACUGCAACCACUCCAGUGCCAAAAACCACAACUGAAACCUCUCCUGUUACUCUGCCAACCUCUACCUCCACAAAAUCGACACCAAGUAGUAAGCCCAUCCCGACAACUAUAACCUCCACACAAACCUCCACCACUCCCAUCACGCUGACCACCUCUACAACCAGCACACCUCUCCCAUCAACCUCAACGGUGACUCCCACAAUAAUUCCCGCUUCCACCAGUACCCACGCCUCCACACCUACAACUACCCCUCCCACCACUUCAAUACCCAGCAGCACUAUUAGUUUCACCUCCCCUACAACCUCCCUAACCACUAGUACACAGCCUCCUUCGACCACAAAGACGACACCAAUAAAGAGCACCAGUGCUUCAACACAUGAAAUUCCAUCAAGCCACAGGACCCCAUCAGUUUCAUCCGUGUCGCCCUCUUCUACUUCGAGGACCACAAGAUCAACUCAGACUGCAACCACUCCAGUGCCAAAAACCACAACUGAAACCUCUCCUGUUACUCUGCCAACCUCUACCUCCACAAAAUCGACACCAAGUAGUACGCCCAUCCCGACAACUAUAACCUCCACACAAACCUCCACCACUCCCAUCACGCUGACCACCUCUACAACCAGCACACCUCUCCCAUCAACCUCAACGGUGACUCCCACAAUAAUUCCCGCUUCCACCAGUACCCACGCCUCCACAACUACAACUACCCCUCCCACCACUUCAAUACCCAGCAGUACUAUUAGUUUCACCUCCCCUACAACCUCCCUAACCACUAGUACACAGCCUCCUUCGACCACAAAGACGACACCAAUAAAGAGCACCAGUGCUUCAACACAUGAAAUUCCAUCAAGCCACAGGACCCCAUCAGUUUCAUCCGUGUCGCCCUCUUCUACUUCGAGGACCACAAGAUCAACUCAGACUGCAACCACUCCAGUGCCAAAAACCACAACUGAAACCUCUCCUGUUACUCUGCCAACCUCUACCUCCACAAAAUCGACACCAAGUAGUACGCCCAUCCCGACAACUAUAACCUCCACACAAACCUCCACCACUCCCAUCACGCUGACCACCUCUACAACCAGCACACCUCUCCCAUCAACCUCAACGGUGACUCCCACAAUAAUUCCCGCUUCCACCAGUACCCACGCCUCCACACGUACAACUACCCCUGCCACCACUUCAAUACCCAGCAGUACUAUUAGUUUCACCUCCCCUACAACCUCCCUAACUACUAGUACACAGCCUCCUUUGACCACAAAGACGACACCAAUAAAGAGCACCAGUGCUUCAACACAUGAAAUUCCAUCAAGCCACAGGACCCCAUCAGUUUCAUCCGUGUCGCCCUCUUCUACUUCGAGGACCACAAGAUCAACUCAGACUGCAACCACUCCAGUGCCAAAAACCACAACUGAAACCUCUCCUGUUACUCUGCCAACCUCUACCUCCACAAAAUCGACACCAAGUAGUACGCCCAUCCCGACAACUAUAACCUCCACACAAACCUCCACCACCCCCAUCACGCUGACCACCUCUACAACCAGCACACCUCUCCCAUCAACCUCAACGGUGACUCCCACAAUAAUUCCCGCUUCCACCAGUACCCACGCCUCCACACCUACAACUACCCCGCCUACCACUUCAAUACCCAGCAGCCUCACUACAACCUCGCCAACUACUAGUACACAGCCUCCUUCGACCUCAAUGACGAUACCAAUAAGGAGCACUAGUGAGUCAACUUCAAUUAGCAUAUCCUCACUUACCACUACAAGACCAGUUAAUAUCUCCAGUUCAUCUUCUCCUAGCACUACUUGGAAAACAAGUCUAAGCACAUCUUUUGUUCCCAGUGUGCCAACAAGUGCAACUUCUACUUUCUCCAGCACUCCAGUAACCAUACCUACCAAGACCACUUGGACUACUGAGCCACCUACUGUCACUCUUACUUCUAUUACUUUUUCUUCCACAAGUGCUCCUUACACUAGCACUUCUGCUCCAAAUAUUACAACCAGUGGUCCAACCCCAACAAGCCCAGAGACAUGUAGUAUUAUUGAAUAUGAAGAACAAGUGUUUUAUAGGGGUUGUGUUUCAAAUGUUACUUUAACCCGCUGUGAAGGAGUAUGUCCAUCAUCAUCAAGGCAGAAGAAUGCAAGGAUAGAAAAACUAUGCAAGUGCUGCGCGCCACAAACUUCCUAUAAGAAGGAAAUAGAGAUGCCGUGCCCCAAUCCAGAUAACCCAAGUGAACGACUUUUUACACAUAUCCUUAUAUUUGGUGAAUGUGUAUGCCAAGUAGAGGCAUGUAUACACUAGCCAAAUUCACCAGUAUCAACCCUGAAGCAAUAUUGCUAUUUACUUUAUACCUAAAGUCUGGAGUUAAGAGUCCCUUUGUUUACAUUAAUUUGUCCAAACACUGAGAAGGCAGCUACUCUUUUAAGAGGAGUGCUGAUAACAAAUUAUGUUAAUUUAUUCAUUAUUUGGGAGAUAGGAAAAUGAAAUGAAUUUUUGCCUUAUUUAUAAGGCUUUCAUCAAAUUAAUGUCUACCUGUGUAAAAUAAUUGACUAUUUUAAUAAAGAUAUUAGCCGGCUUUUUAGUUUCUAAUGGUGAAUAACUGUGAUAUAUUAUACCUUCCUAAUCUUAUAAUCUAAUGGAAAAUUCAUUCUUCAAAUGCCCAUUUUUGUGUUGUCAAAAUGGAGCCUUUCGUGAUGCAGAGCUUCAUAUCAACAGAGAAGAUUUACAGAAGUAAUUGAACCUUUGCAAUUGAACAAACACCUUCCUCCCUGCAAGAAAACACAUAUUAAAAUAAUCAAGGAUAUCCAGCUAUUAUAAUUAAGUUUAGUACCAUUUGUGGGAAUCAAAUAUUUGGAGAAGAGGAACAAAAAUAAAUUGAAAUGGAAUAGAAUGGAGUAUUUUUGAAAAGUCUAUAUAGCAGGAAUUUCUGAAUGAAACUCUCAGAAACAGUUUGAUUAUGUAAGGUCAUGUACUGUAUGUGUACAAAAGCAUUUCAUGGGAAUAUACUGUGGAAAGCCAAUUGGAUAAGAACAUAUUAAAGCAACAUCAUUAAUGAAAUGGAAGAUGAGUUGAGCACAUAAGCCAUGUUGUUUCUAUAAAACCAAUAAUACAGCCAAAUUAUAUUAAAAUUAGUUGAAAAUAAUCAAUUUCUUAGCAUGUUCUAUUAAACCACUAUUAAACGAAACCUAAAUUCCCACUUUAUUUCUUUCAAGGUUAACCAAGAUCUGUAUUAUAUCAAGAUAAUGUGUAAAAUAAAACAAAAAUGCAUCUUUCCCACUGGAUGAGGCUGAAAUUAAUGACAAGUAAAACCAGAGAAUAAAGAUCGCAUAAUUUUCUUACUUCUCCCUACCUUGUAAGCUACUGAAGAGGACCAUUUGGGCAGAUUAAAUAUAUGUUAAAACUUGAGAUAGAAAUUUUGGUCUGUAUUUUUCUAAAACACGGGAUCAAACUCACAGUAUCACACUGCUGUCACAUGAUGUUUCCUGAUAUUUUUCCCAUUUGCAGAGCAUGACGCAUCCAAUCUGUGGGCCACCAGUUUAAUACCCCUGCUCUACAAAAUAAAUUCCAAGUCAGGAUCAGUUUCCAAGAAGAAUUAACAGGUAGUCCUUGUUUAGCAAUCAUUCACAAUUAAGACAGUGAUGAAAAAAAUGAGCUUAUGACCAAUCCUCUGUUAUUCCUGCACAGCUCUGCAGGUCUGUGAAGUGAAGUAAAGUUGAAGUAGUAUCAUUAACCACAGUUAUGGUUUCACUUAACAAUCGCAUUAACGACCAAGUGGCUGGUUCCAACUGUGAUCACUGAGUGUGCAUUCUUCCAAAACAGGAAUAUGUACUAAAGUUUGGUGACCUGUUCAUCAUUGCAUACACAUGAGCAAAUGUUGAAUGGCACAAGGCUGCCUCUGUAGGAAAUCUGAGCCUCACACAUCAACGGGGCAUUUCUAUCAGAAGUUAAAAGGUAAACAGGAUGCUACUGGGUUCUGGAUCUGACUGAGGAGCAGAUUGAGUCUUGCAAGCUGCAACAGUUUUUCGUGCCCCACUAGCCUUUGAGCCAGCCUACAGCUCCCUUGGGUAGCUGAGUGGCUGGGUUUGGAGAAGGUCAAAAACCCACGAAGACCAUGUAUGGAGGGAGAAAGCAAACCCAAAGCUUGUGGGGACCCCAAAGUGGUGCCUCACUUAAUGACUAUGAUAACUUACAACUAUAAUGGGCAGACUCCGUUAUCAUCAUAACUUGAGGACUACCUGUAAUAGUAGAAGGUAAAGUGCUUCAGAAUUCAAACAAACAAGUACCUGUCACAUGACAUCCCAGACUUAACAACAUUUGAUAAGACAAAAUAGUCUUAUCAAGAAGACAGCAAAACAGGAAAGAAAGAACUGGAGAAAAUUAUAAAAUAUAAAGACCUCAAAUAGAAGCAGUACAACUGUGGGAAAAGAAAGCAAAGAUAUUAUCAAUAGUAAUAGCAACUUGAGCACAGUCCCAAUGUCUGAAGCACUACCAUUGGCAUUGACAAAAUCACCGUCAAUUGCAAAAGGCAGCUGUUUUUACAACAGUUUACAUCCUGCAACAAUACUUUUAAUACCAUCAAAUAAUACCUGCCUUUCCCAAAUCCUUGGGAAGGACUCAAGAGGUGGAUAAAAAUGUCAAAUCCAGUCUAAACAUCUGACUGUGUGACCAACCGUAAUACUAAUACACAUACACUACACUGAUCUAUUACAACAUCCUAGGUUCUUGGGGA